AUGGAUCUAUCAAAGAUCUCAGGCCUCGGUUUCGUGGGACUGGGGGCCAUGGGUCUUCCCAUGGCCGGGCAUCUCGCAGCAAAGCUACCGGAAGACGUCCAAAUGUUUGUCUUCGAUAUCAACCAGGCAAGCGUCGACCAACUACACAGCGAGUAUUCGAAGCGGGUAGUCAAGUGCUCAAGUGCAAAGGAAGUCGCAGACAAAUCAGAAAUCAUUAUGACGAUGCUGCCAGAGGGCAAGCACGUGCGGCUGGUGUAUAUGGAGGGCGGUGACGGCACCAUCUGCUCCAGCGACGUCGCGGGCAAGCUCCUGCUUGACUGCUCGACGAUCGACACGGCCAGCAGCCUCGCAGUGAAGGAGUACAUCAACAAGAAAUUCCCCACAACUUCGUUCUACGAUGCACCGGUGAGCGGCGGCGUGGUGGGCGCACAAAAGGGCACGAUAGCAUUUUUCCUGGGCUGUGACGGCGCGGACCCCAACAUGCCUCAUCUCACCACCCUCCUCAAGAUGAUGGGCAAGGACGUCAUCCCCUGCGGUGGACCGUCCAAGGGGCUUGCGGCGAAGCUCUCCAACAACUACCUCUCCGGGACCAUUGCGAUUGCCGUUUCCGAGGCGAUGGACAUGGGCAUGCGAUCCGGACUCGACCCUCGUGUUCUGCACAAGGUGUUCGCGGCGGGGACGGCGCAGAACACCAUCAGCGACCGGUUCUGCCCUGUGCCCGGCGUCUAUCCCGAGGCGCCAUCGUCCAAAGGCUACACGAAUGGGUUUAAGGUGCAGCUGAUGCGGAAGGACUACAACCUCGCACUGGAGAUGGCGAAGAGAGUCGGAUCGAAGAACGUGCUGGGUGAGGCAGGAUUGGCUACGUAUGACGGCGCGAGCAAUGACCCCAGAUGUCGAGAUCUUGAUUCCAGAGUGGUGUACAGAUACCUCGGAGGACGAGAGGAUUGGCAGCAAGAUGCCGACGAGGCCACGGCUAGUAAGCUGACGUGA